CAUACUAUUGUCAAAGGUUCAUUUCAUCAAGGUCAUAAGCGUUUUGGGUGCAACCGAUUUAAACAGUGUGCACCAAACAGCAUUACAGCCAUCAUGACAAACACUGUCAAAAUGGCUUCCACAUGGUCAAGAACAGACAUUAACAAUAUCUUGAUAAGUGGUGAUAGUUUAUACACUUACAUGAAAGAGCAAAACAUGAUCAGUGAUGCAGAAGGCAGUGGUUAUGUUUUUGUUCAAGAAUUACCCACAGAGCACACAUUCCAUCAUCACAAGUUCUCUUUGGAAUACAUGCAGACCUUCACAGGACAUCUUCAUCAGCAGAUUUACCAUGAAGAUGUUUCAGAUUUUGCCAUGCCUUUGGACGUUGCAUUACAGAGAGCUAUAUAUGACAAUGACGGCUGUCUGUUUACAAUUAGUAGAAACACAUGUGCAGUUUUGAAAGAACAAUCUCAGUUUUCUGUUUUUGAUCCACAUUCACGUGGUCAUGAUGGUCUCUGGCAGUUGAAUGGCACAAGCAUAGUAGCACACUUUGAUACUUUAGACCAAGUUUAUACACAUUUAAUCAAUCUCUCUCACUCUUUGUGUGCUGAAAAUGCAAAUGAAGAGGACACAGCUUUUGAAAUGACCGGUGUUAAGGUGACUGCUCAAUCUAUGAGUAAACCUACCCAAAGUAAAACUGCUUCUUGCCAAAAUGAUGUAGAGUUAAUCAGUGGAAAUGAUGAUAGUUUUGAUGACGAUACAUUUGAUCAGUUAGUAGUUGAAGAGAUUGAAGAUGUUGCAGUUAGUGACAAAUCUGAGUCUCUUUCUGAAUCUCCAUCUCAUUGUGAGCUCAUCCAUACGCAAAAUAGUUAUUUUCAAGAUGAUGCAGAGUCAUUAUGUACUAGUUUUGAUGAUGAUAGUUUUGAUAAAGUAGUACUUCAGGAAAUAGAAGAUAUUGCAGUUAAUGACAACGCUUCCCUUAAUGUAGACUCAGUAACUGAAAAUCAUCACACUUCUUUGGAUCAAGCAAUAAUUGAAGAAGUACCACUAAAUGAUACAUCUGUUUUCAUAAUUUCAGAAAAUAUCAACAGCACUGUUACUUUCAAUCCUCUGACCUCUAAAGACAAAAGAAACUUUUGCACCCAACUACAGAUAGUUCCAAGUUUAGAAAGGGUGAAAAGUCUUUGGGAAAGUAUUACAUUAGAUGAACCGUUACCUUGUACCACUAUACACAUCCAGCCAGACGGCAACUGCUUUUUCCGUGCUCUUGCAUUUGUAAUUACUGGGAAUGAAGAGUUGCAUAUGUGGAUUCGCAGGGCUGUUGUUAAUCAAAUUCUUCAAAAUUCUAACCUCUAUUCAAGUUACAUCAGACAGGAAUUUGAAUCAGUACAGCAGUAUGUUACACAAACAGGCAUAAAGAAAGUUGGAUCCUGGGCUACAGAAAUUGAGAUACAAGCAGCUGCAGACUUUUUCCAUACCAAUAUUUACACUUACACUCAAGGAAAAUGGUUACAAUAUGGCUCUUCUAGUACUUUAGACAACACCAAGGGUAUUUACCUGAAACACUGUAAUGAAUGUCAUUAUGAGCCAAUCGCAUGUGUGAAAGAUAAAACUAACACAUGUUUCAACCUGAUCUCAUGUAAUUACAGUCACUUUAAAGGUGACAAGGACAUACUAUCUCCAUCUAAGAUAAGUAGAGAGAACAGGAGAAAGAGAAAUCUGUAUAAUGAAGACAUUGAGAAAAGGGAAAGCAAAAUAAUGAUGUUACAGAAAUUGUAUAAGGACAAUCCUAAGUACAGAUUACACAAGAAGCAAUUAAGCAUCAUUACAUAUAGAAAUAACCCUGAACUGAGAGCAAGACUCAGACAUGCUAAUAAACAGAACUACUACAAAAAGCCUGAACUGAGAGCAAGACUCAGACAUGACAGUAAAGAAAACUACAAAAACAAACCCGAACUGAGAGCUAGACUCAGACAUGCUAAUAAACAGAACUACUACAAAAAGCCUGAACUGAGAGCAAGACUCAGACAUGACAGUAAAGAAAACUACAAAAACAAACCUGAACUGAGAGCAAGACUCAGACAUGACAGUAAAGAAAACUACAAAAACAAACCUGAACUGAGAGCUAGACUCAGACAUGCUAAUAAACAGAACUACUACAAAAAGCCUGAACUGAGAGCAAGACUCAAACUUGCCAGCAAAACCACUUAUGCAACCAAAAGUAAACACUCUAAACUUCAGUUAUUGAAACAGAACGUAGAAAGAUAUAGAAAUAAGGUUGACCACCGUAACCGCAUCAAACAGUCUAAUUCUGAACGGUAUAGAAAUGUAACUGCUUAUGCCGAUUCUGUUAAAGAGCACGGAAAACGUAGACGACAAAAUCUCAUGACUGGAAAAAAGUUCAUAGACAAUGUCAUUCAGCUUUUUAGAGAAAAGGUUAAAUUUGGCCCUCAAUUCGUCUGUUGUGUUUGUCAUCGGUUACUUUUUAAACAACAAGUUGUUGAAUGUAAAACACAGCAGUAUGAAAUUAGAGGUUCAUUCAUUUCAUCUGUGGCAAAAAAAUGCAUCACUGACACUUAUUUACACAAGUGUGGACAGUCUUCUGUUUCCAAAUGCCAUCUAGAGGUUAGCCCUGCAUGUAAAUUGUGGGUCUGUUUUACUUGUCAUCGUAAAAUACUCAAUGGAAAAGUCCCUGAAGAAAGUGUUGCAAACAAUAUGCACCUAGACUCUAUUCCUGUAGAACUUAGUACGUUGAAUCCUCUUGAGCAACAUCUAGUGGCACAGCACAUUCCGUUUAUGAAACUUUUAGCCUUACCAAAGGGAGGACAAAAUGGUGUCCAUGGACCUGUGACGUGUGUUCCAUCUAAUACAGAAACUGUGAGUAACAUUCUACCCAGAUUAGAUGAUCAGAAUCUAAUGAUUAAAGUCAAACUGAAGCGAAAGCUGACAUACAAGGGUCACUAUGACUAUCAGUAUGUCAACGCUCUGAAAGUACAUAAUGCAAUUGCAUACCUUAAAUCUCACAAUACUUUUUACAAAGAUGUACAAUUUAACAGUGCAUGGACAAAUCCCCUAGAAAAAGAGUCUGAAAACUCUACCUCUGAAACUGACAACGUCACUUUGGAAGAAGACAGCAAUAGAGCUGAAAUAGAGUGUGAACAUCCUGGCAAAGGAGAUGGCAGUGGCACAGAGGUAGAGUCUGAAGAUCUUGUUAGCGAUGAUCAUUUUAAUGAUAGACAACAGCAUGGGAUGUUUUUGGACACAUGUAUGCAACCAGUAGACAUUGCCCAAGAAAUACUAGACAACCAUUUUGACAGUGUUUUAUCAGUAGCACCAGCUGAGGGAAAUACUCCAGUCAGAUUGCUUACCGAUACUUCUAAUGAGGCUAAAUGCUUUCCAGUUCUGUUUCCCAAUGGAACAGGUACAUUUCAUGAUGCAAGACAGCAAAGGAUUACACUCAGCAAAUAUUUAAACACCCGGAUUCUCAAUGCUGAUGGCAGAUUUGGCAAGAACUUGGAUUAUAUCUUUUAUGCACAAUAUUUGUCAGAAGUUAAUCAAGUUGUGUCAAAUGUUUCCAUUGCACUGAGAAAGGGCUACCAUGGCUUAGACAACACCAACAUUACAUCAUCCAUGCUGGGCAAUACAGACUUUUUGAAGAAUGUUUUAAAUGCUGACAUGGGCUAUAAGUUUUUGAAACCCAUUAGAGGCACACCAGUAUUUUGGCAGGGAGUUCAAAAAGAUCUGUUUGCUUACGUUAGACAACUUGGCAUUCCUACAUGGUUUGCUUCCUUUUCUUCAGCAGAUUUAAGAUGGCCAGAAUUUAUGGAAGCUUUUAUGGCUAUAGAAAACAUUCAAGGCAAUAUUCAUGACAUGGACUGGGCACAGAAAUGUGACUUAUUGAAAAACAAUCCAGUGACAGCAGCCAGAAUGUUUGACUAUAGAUUUAGAUCUUUUUAAAAAGAUGUUAUCAUGUCUCCCGCUCAGCCAAUUGGUAAAAUCAUUGAUUAUUUUUAUAGAGUAGAGUUUCAGCAACGUGGAUCAUGUCACACUCAUUGUCUAUUUUGGACCGACGGGCCUAAAAUAGGAGUCAACACAGACGCUGAAGUCAUAGCUUUUGUAGAUAAAUAUGUUACAUGCGACCUCCCACCUGACAGUGAUCCUCUCCAUGAAGUGGUACAUAGUGUUCAAAUGCAUAGCAAAAAACACUCUAAAAGUUGCAGAAAAAAUCACACAACUUGCAGGUUUCACUUUCCCCGACCACCAAGCAACAAUACAUUCAUAUGUAAACAGGAAACGGAUGUUGACAAUAAGGAAAACCCAUCUGACAAAACAUCUUCAGAUUUAAAAAAGGCAGCCAAGCAUAUCAUGACCAAAGUUAAAGAAGCUUUGACCAGUGAAAACAACACAUUUAGUAGCAUAGAUGACUUGUUUAAUUCCAUUGGUAUUGACCAGACUACAUUUGAAACAGCCUACAAACUGACCUCUACAAAAACAACUGUCGUCCAUAAACGAAGCAUAAACGACAUCUGGGUUAAUCAGUAUAACACAGACCUGCUACGUUGCUGGAAUGCAAACAUGGACAUCCAGUUUGUCUGUGAUGCAUAUGCAUGUAUUGUUUAUAUCAUUUCCUACAUAUCCAAAGCAGAAAGAGAAAUGGGUUUGCUAUUAAAACAUGCACAAAAUGAAAUCAAACAUAAUGAAAACCUGGAUGCAAAACAAGCGCUUAACAAAUUAGGGAAUGUGUUUCUGCAUAACAGAGAAGUUUCUGCUCAAGAAAGUGUGUAUCGGGUAACAAACAUGAGAUUAAAAGAGGGCUCUAGAAAAGUCACAUUUGUUCCAACAGGUGACAACAUUGUCAGAAUGAGCUUACCUCUUAAUGUCAUUCAAAACAGUGCUAAUGGUAAUCAGAUCUGGAUGACAAACAUUACUGAUCGAUACAAAAGCAGGCCUAAGUCCAGUGAAUUUAUGGACAUGUGCAUAGCUACUUUUGCCUCAGAAUACAGAAAUGUACCAAACAGUGAGAAAUCUAGACCAGAAGUGGUUAGUUUAUUAAACAACAAUGGUUGUGUAAGGAAGCGGACAAGGACAAAUGUAGCUGUUGUUAGAUAUGCUCGUUUUUCUAAAGAACAAGAUCCUGAGAAACACUAUCAAAGCCAGCUUCAGUUGUUCCUUCCUUAUUACACGGAAAACCAGUUAAAACCAUCACAAUUUACAACAUUUCAAGAGUUUUAUGAGACCGGCUCAAUCACAAACAGUAGUAAAAACAUCCAGACUGUCAAAGACGUAGUAGAAUUCAACAGAUCCAAGUUUGAAAUCAAAGCAGAAGAUUUACAAAACAUACAGGAAGAUAUUGAACACUUUGGAUUUCAAGAAGAUGUUUGGGCAGAGCUGUGUCCUGAGGCAGAACUAGACCGAUUGGAAUGUUUGGAAGACAGAUCUUUAGAUAACAAUCCAAAUCCUGGUGAACAAGAAGUUAUUCCAGAUCUAGAGCCAAUCACAAAACCAGCUUUAUCAUUUCACAUUCAAAAACAGAUAGUCUCACACAAGGAAGCACAAUCCUUAAUGCGUUCACUAAAUCAGCAGCAGAGCAACGUGUUUUAUAAAAUCCGGCAGUGGUGCUUAGAUAAAGUAAACGGUCACAAUCCAAGCCCUUUUUAUGUUUUCAUUUCAGGUGGAGCGGGAACAGGCAAGUCCCAUUUGGUAAAAGCCGUGUCCUAUGAAACAACCAGAAUACUAUCCAGAUUAUCUAAUUAUCCUGAUGAUAUUCAUGUUUUAUUGACUGCCCCCACUGGAGUGGCUGCAUUAAAUAUCAAUGCCACAACAAUACAUAAUAGCUUUGCAAUUGGCAAUAAUAUUUCAUUACCAUACCAGCCUUUAAGAGAGGAAAAAAUAAACACAUUAAGAGCAACCCUGAAACAUUUACAAAUCUUGAUAAUAGAUGAAAUCUCAAUGGUUGAUAACAAACUUUUAACAUAUAUCCAUGGUAGACUGCGUCAGAUCAAACAGUGUUCAGACUUUUCUUCAUUUGGUAAUGUCUCCGUCAUAGCUGUUGGUGAUUUUUAUCAGUUGCCACCUGUCAAAGGGACUCCACUCUACAAGGACCCCAUUGGUUCCAAUUUGUGGCAAAACAGUUUCAGUCAUGUAGAACUCACAGACAUAGUACGACAGAAAAACAAAGACUUUGCUGUAACACUUAACCGUUUAAGGAAACACAAAAAAGACCAACCACUUCACCCACAAGACGAAGCACUUCUCAAACGAUGUGAAACAGGCAUGGGUGAAGACACUGAAACUCUGCAUCUUUUUGCAACAAACAGUGAUGUUGAUAAUCAUAACUUCAACAUGUUGCAUAAACAAUGUACAGACAUUGUACAAAUCAAAGCCCAAGAUUUCCAUAAAAACCCUCAGACUGGCCGUACUACUAGAAUACCCUCAACACUUGAUUUUGGCAAGAAAACCUAUUUAGAUAAAUUACUAAGUAUUGCUCCUAAAGCUCGUGUAAUGCUCAUUAAAAACAUUGAUGUUUCUGAUGGACUUGUUAAUGGUGUGUUUGGUACUGUUUGUCGCAUACAAUUUCUAAGUAACAAUAGCUUCCCACACAUCAUUUAUGUUAACUUUGAUAACCCAAGUAUAGGCCAACAACUACGACACAAGUUUCCAACUUCAGACACCGAGCUGACUAAUGCUACACCAAUUAGUCCCGAUGAAGAUAAACUUGAAAAGGGGGUUAGACGUCAAUUUCCACUGCGGCUGGCUUGGUCUUGCACCAUACAUAAAGUCCAAGGCCUAACACUACAGAAAGCAGUAGUCUCUUUUAAAAGGAUUUUUUCUGCUGGACAAGCAUAUGUAGCUUUAAGUCGUGUUACAUCACUAGAACACCUCACUAUCCAAGAUUUUAAAGCUAAAGCAAUCUAUGCAAGAAGUGAUGUGGAGGAAAACUUGAAAUUAAUGCCAAACUUUAUCGACACACCAGUUUCAAUGCCAAACUGCACUUUUAAAGUCUGUCUUCAUAAUGUGCAAGGUCUCAAGAAUCACAUACAGGAUGUCAAGAGCAACCAAAAACUACUCACAGCCGAUAUAAUUUGUCUGACAGAAACUUGGUUAAAAGAAACACAUCCCCCUGAAAGCAUUUCACUGCCAGGUUGGACUUUUCACCACAAAACAAGAUCUGACUCAUAUGAUGAAACUGGACUAUUUUCUACUUUCAGAAGCAAAAAUGGUGGUGGUGUUGGUUUCUAUCACAAAAACAGCAUUAUGUGUAAAAGUAUGGCUUUCAAUUGCAACAACCUGGAAGCUUUGCUUUUUAGCACACAGACUUUAAACCAUCAUUAUAUGCUGUUGUACAAACCACCAUCAUAUAACCUUCAGAAAUUCAAAGACAAUCUAAAACCUGUACUGCAUUAUUUCAAUGAAUUUCCAGCAACCAAAAUAGUCAUGGGUGACAUUAAUGAUGAUGCACUGGUUUCUAAUUCAUUUGUCAGCUUCAUGAAAUUGCAAGGAUACACUCAAAUAGUAACAAGUCCAACAACCGAAAAUAAUACUCUGAUUGAUCAUGUUUACAUCAAAGACAUUGAUCCCAAAACCAUACAUGUAGAAGUUAUUCCCACCUAUUACAGUUACCAUGAAUGUGUUCAAAUAUCAUUCUUGACAGGAACAGACACAGACAUACAGUUACAGGAACUGGGGACAGACAGACAGGGACUGCAGGACAAAUAGCCUCAAGGGGAAAGACAGACAAUCACAGAUAGAUGGACGGGUGGACACCAGAGCUGACCAUAACAAAUUACACAUAGAGGUCCGUUUCAUUCAUACAAAAUCAAAUUAGCUUCAAAAUCAUCUAAACUUAUUUGGACUCUUAUACAUAUAUACCAUACCAUACCACACCAUACCUUACCAUUUAAUGUAUAUUUAGCAUGUGAAAUACACUUUUUAUCCAUAAAAAAGUGUAUGACAGUAUCACACUUACUUGUGGUUUUGAUAAUGGACACUUGAAAUGUUACUUUGUGUUGUGCCAUCACUGUUUCAAUGUAAAAAAUGUAUCCAUUUAGAUAUUCACAAAUUCACUUAUUCCAGUACUAUUUUUAUUUUCCUUUGUUAAAGAUUUCAUUUUACAGCACUCUUCUUUUUUUCAAUCUCUACUAGGAACAAUCACCCACCAGAUGAAGUUCCUGAAACAACACAACCGAAAUCUGCGGAAUCAGCAACCAU